CUUGCUUGCCGGCAUGUUGGCGUUGGGCAAUCAAUUCGUAAAAUCGUGUGUUUUUUAUAUUUUUAUCGUUAUGAAAAUGCAUUAAAGUGAAAUCUUAACCGUUCGUUCUUACUAGUCGGUAGUUUAAUAAGUAAAAACUAAUAAGUGAUAUGUUUUAAAAGCACGCAAAGCAUUGAUAGUUGCAAAAAUGGAGGACUCAUUUAUAUUUUCCAGUAUUUUAACGGCCCAAGAGUGGCGAACCGUUCCCCAAAAAAUCGCCAAAAAGCUCGAGCAAUUCGCUUCCAACAAGUUCGAGGAGCUAAUUACUUCCAAGGCGUUGCUGGAGACAAAAUGCUUCAAUUUAGAGAAAUCAGAAAAAGAGUUGGAAAGGGCAGUCGAGAAGUUCGAGCUCGAAUGUAAAUCCUUGCAAUCGAAAUUGGAAAUUAACGUUAACGCGAUCAACGAAUACGAAUCGCAAAUGACGAAUUUAACUAGCGAAAUCAACAAGCUGCAUACCCAAUGCAGCGCGUUGGAAGCGGAGGCUGCGAACAGCAGACGGGAGAGGAACGCAAUAGCCGAUGAGAGAGAUGAAUUGUCGAAGAUGAUGAACAGGCGUAACACGAAAAUCGAAAUGUUGCAAUCCGAUCUCGAGAAUGUCACCAAACAACUGGAGGCGGCCCUGCAAGCCAAAUUCGAAGCGAUGGCCUCGUCCGAGGAGGUCGCUUCGAUGAAAUUGAACAUAGAAUAUCGCGAGAAGCGAUUAGAGCAAGAGAAGAAAUUGAUGAACAGGCAAGUGGAAGAUUUGACCCAAGCGCUCAACGAACGAGUGGAGGAAUUGCUUAACAUGAAAAGAGACACUACAUCUAAUUGCAUACAACUCGAAAUCAAGCUGUGCCAGAAAAACCAAGAAUUAGUCGUAGCCACUGAGCAAAUUAAAUCUCUCACCGAUUUAAAUAACAACCUUACUGAUAAAAUCGAAGAGCUCUCGCAAGAAGUCGCUACCCAAUCCCAAAAUCACGCCAAAAUAUGUGAUUCUUACAUGUACGAAAUGGAAGCCAAGACUAAAAUGAACGACACCUACAAGUCCAUGAUUGAGGAACAGGAACAUCAUUGUAAAGAACUAAAAGAAGGUCUCUCUGAAGUCCAAUCGUUACUGCAAACGGCAACCGAACGUUACGGUGAAUUAGAAACCAAAUACAAAGAAAGUCAAUUAGAGCACGAGGAAAUGAUACUUAAGAAGAACGAAUGCAUCGAGUUGCUGAAAAGAGAAUUAGAAACUGCUAAUGAAUUGUUCGAAAACUCUCGAGCCGACGUCACAUUAGAAGCUGGUUCGACUGCCGGCUCUAGCACAAAAUUAUCGAAAUCCGGAAUGUCCUACACCGAAUUGUACUCGCGUUACGUUAACAUGUCCGAUAAAUUGGCAGACAAAGAAGUGGAGUGCGCUCGAUUAAACAACUACAUAGAAACCAUAAUACGCGAACUGGACUCGAACUUCCCUAAAAUCAAGCAACUGCACGAAUCGUACAGCGACAGCAUUUCGGCCGUGGACUCCCUCAAAGAGCAGAACGAGCAAUUGGUGAGCGAAAUCCAGUCGUUGCGCGACAUGAACGCCGAAUGCAAGAAGGCGGAAGGUUUGAAAUCCAGAGAAAACGAAAGGCUCAAAAAGGAGGUCUACGACUUGUCCAGGCAAGUCGUGGUUCUGUUGCAAGAAGUCGAGAAUUCUCGAAUAAGCUCAUCUUCCACUUCCACGGACAACGAUUUGAGCGAUAGCGUCAAUUCCGCCGAUAUUAUUAGCAAAAAAUUGGUCACUUUCAACGACGUUACGGAAUUGCAAUCUAACAAUAUCAAACUAUUGGCUCUCGUUAGGGAGUUAUCGGAACGCCAAGAAGAAAUUGAGAGCUUGGAUCCGGCCGCCAUCGCUCAAUUAAAACAGAAACUGGACGAAUUGUCUCGAUCCCAAGACGAGUUGUUGGAGGAGCGCGAUCGACAGACCAAAAUGAUGGCGACGCUGAGGAACCAGAAGGAAAUGUACAAAAACUUGCUCGCGCAGGCCGUCAAAGGUUCCGGCGAAGACAUCAAAGACGCCUCUUUAACCUUCGAAAGCGGAGAGCCCAAGACUCGAACGGACAACGAAGCGCAACUAGAAGAGAAAAUCCAACAGUUAGAAGGCCAAGUCGACAAAUUGACCAAGCAGGUGGAGCAUCUGCGCGAAGAGAACGACACGUACCGCAAAGAAAAAUCCGCCAACGAAAAAAUAUUACUGGAACAACUGGAGAACAUGCGCGGGGAAGUUCGAGAAUUGACCCGUCUGAAUUCGAAGUUGUCCGCGCAAGCCGACCUCAGCGAAUCCAAAUUCAAAAUAUUCAACAACAACGCAGAGAUCUACAAGAAGCAAAUCAGCGCUUUGGAAAAGCAGAACAAGAUAUACAGCGAGGCCAUCGUGAAGCACGAACAAGCAGCUACCUAUUUGAAAAACGAGACCCUCCAAUCCCAGAAGAAGCUCUCGAAAGCCGAGGUGGCUUUGGGGAACCUCGAAAAGGAAAACGCCCUGCUGAAAGACUCCGAGAGCAGGUUGCUCAAGGAGCGGGAAUCGCUGAAGCAAGAUUCCCACCAGCAGAAUCUCAUCAGAACGAACAUAGAAUUGAUCAAGGCGAAUCUGGAGCGAACUGACGCCGAAAGCAAACUGAGACUGGAAGCAAAAUUGGACGAGGCGCACAGAGAAUGCGCGGCCCUGAGACGGCGACUCCAAGAAGAACAAGACCGCUUCAGGGAGUUGUCCGAGAAGCUCAGUCGAGAAGCCAAAACCGCCCAAGCUCGUGCUGAAGAAGCCAACGAAAUCGCCGAGAAAUACCGCAAGGAAAUCUCCGAGCUUAGAGAGGAUUUGAUCGCGAAAACCAGCCAAGUGGAGGAGUUGAGCAAGAAGUUAAAGACCGGCUUGUUCGCCGCUCCGGAUUCCAACGCCGAAGCGCAGAAAAUCAGGGAAUUAGACCAGCAAAUUUCCGAUGCUCGCGCCGAAAUCGAGGCGUUGAAUAAGAAAUUGAAAGUGGCGAAAGACGCGUCCGAUGAAUACUUCAAAGUCGCCGAAUCGUCCGAAAAGCAAGUGCAAGAAUUGACCGAAAUAAAGCAAAAUCUAGAACAAGAAAUCGACAAACACAAGUCGAGAAUUAAGGAAUUGGAAGAAAAAUGCGCCGAACUCGAAGGCGAAUUGUCCAUUCAACUCGACGAUCAAGACAUCAUGAACGCCACCACCAAGACCAAAUCCGCUCAACUACAAGAAGAAUUAAACAUACGUAACCUAGAUUUGAGAACCGCCAAAGAGCAAUUAGAAAACGCCAGAUUGGAAAACAAACAGCUCGUCGAGCAACUGAAAGCAGUCGAAAAUAAAUACGCGAGAGAAGUGACUUUGCACUCGGUAGACUUGCAAUCGCUUACCAAGCUCAAGGAAGACCUGAAUACCACCGUGAACGAAUUGAAUUCGUUGCAAGCCGACCGACAAAACGCCAUCAGCAACUUGGAGCAAUUCAAGUCCGACUGGCUCAAGCAAGAGGAGCUCUUCAAAAAGGAAAAGGUCGAAUUGGAGCAACGAUUCAACGACAUGGACGCCCAGAACAGCCUCCUACACGAGCAAAUCCAAGUACUCAACACGCAAAUCGGAUUGUUGCAAUCCCAAUCCAUACAUGACACGUCUACGGGCGAAUCGUCCUUCAACAGAUCCUUCGUCGAAGAGGAAGUCAAAUCGUCCGAGCAAUUGUUGAAGAUAAUCAAAUACCUCAGACAAGAGAAAGACUUGGCCCUGAACAAAGCCGACGUGAUGGAAAACGAAUACACGCGUUUGAAAUCCGAAUUCGACAUGAUGAGUAAACAAUUCGAAGAAAACAAAGCGGCUUUGGAAGCCAUCAGACAGGGAUCCGAAAUAUCAGUGAUAUCGGCUGUCAAGCACGAAGAAGUUUUACGUAAGCUCGAAACUCUCAACGCCAUCACAGACAGCAACAGAGCGUUGAGGCAAGAACGCGACGUGCUGUUGGAGCAAAUCACCGAGCUCCGAUCCCGAUCGGAGACCUUCGAAGUCGAAAUCGAGCCGCUCCAAGAGAAAAUCAAGGAAAUCGAAACGAAAGCCGACCAACUGCAAUGCGAAAACAUAUCUCUGCGGGCCGAAUGCACCAGAUGGAGGCAACGCGCCAACAUGCUCAUCGAGAAAUCGAACCGCACCAGCCCCGAGGACUGGAAGAAGCUCCAAACCGAGCGCGAAACCCUCGCCAAACAACUAACCAUCGAACGGUCCAACGUCACCCGGCUCAACGACGAAGUCAACAACCUGAAGCAGGACAAGGCGAAGCUCGACGAGCAGCUGAAGUGCUGCAAGAAUCUCAACAACGCGCGCGCCGACGAGCUGGCUAGAUUGCGCGACGACGUGGCCGCUUUGCAGGCGCAAGUCGCGCAGUUCACCAGCACCGUCGACCAGCAGAGCGUCGAGCUGUUCAAGGUGAAGGAGGAGAACCGCGUGCUGAGCGAGGACGCCGGCGCCAAGGAGGCGUCGCUCGGCGAGCUGCGCAACAACCUGUUGCAGGUGAGGAAGCUGGCCAGGCGGUACAAGAUCCAAUGCGAGGACCAAACGAAGGAGAUCGAGACGUUCAAGCAGCAACGGCAGCAGCACGAGACCGAUCAGGUGUCGAACAACGAGAAGCGCGAACAGAUGGAGAGCCAACGCGUCGAAUUGGAGGAGCGAAUCGGCCAGUUGGAGAAUUCACAUAAAGAAUCGUUGACUCAAUUGAACCAGGACAUAUCGUCGUUGAACGAACAAAUCGAGAAUUACAAGAAGGAAAUCGAGAAUUUGAAGCAUACGAGCCAAGAGAAGGAGGAGAGGUUCAAAACAUUGUUUAUCAACGCUAAAGAGAGGAUAGUGAGUUUGACCGAGCAAAACAACGUUUUGAAAGAGGAAAUCCGAAGGCUAGACGGUCCGGGUAGAUCCGAAGGCGGCGAUCAAUCGGGCAAAGAUUCCACCAGGAACGCCGAAUUACUCGAGAAAAUCGCGUCGUUGGAACGGGAACGCGACGAAAUGCUGGAAGAGCGACAACAGGAACAGGACCGACACGCCGCCGAACUGGAAAACCUAAAUCAAAGGAUCGUCCAGUUGCAAAGGCAAACCGGCCACCCGCAGGGUUCCAAACCCAGCACCAGUUCCAGCUCGUCGGAGAAAUGCUCCACCGAACGGCCCACCGCCGAUAUUAAACCGAUGGCAGGUCACUCGACUAAUACUCAAACCCAGUCUGUUCCCAUUCAACCGUGGAGGAGCGGUGGAGAGCCGCCGCUGGCCAGCAUCAGACCGAUGUCGGCCCAAUUGAGAACCGUCGCCGUUUUACCUACUAGUCAAAGUCCCAGUGCUGUAAUGGUACCGCCGCAACAACAAGUCCACACGACGGGUUCGAGUUCGAUCGAAGCCCUAUCGAGCAGCCCGACCAGCUCGCACACGGAGUACGUUCCGGCGACGAGUUCGGCCAGUCCGGCGAUGCUGGGGCCGCGCCAAGUCGCCGUGCCGCCGACGCAAUCGUCGCAGGACGCCGAAGACGACGAGGGCGACGGCGCGCAGGUGCAGGCGGCGCCGCAAACGCAGGCCGUCGCUUUGGUGUUGCCGCGCGUCGAGCCGCCGAGCGGCAGCGGCAGCAGCAGCAGCGGCCCCACGCAGGAGCAGGGGACGAGCAGCAGCAGCUCGAAUACGGUGACGACGACGCAGGCGGGACACAAGAGGCAGCGCGAAGCCGAUACGGAUACGUCGCAGUCGGACGAGCAGAAUAAGGCGCAGCCGCAGUCUAAAAGGACUCGAGUUCAGCAGGCUGGUACGGUGAGCGACAGCGGUUUAGAUGUCGAAUACCAAGUACCUACUAGCAGUCAAAGGGAUCACGAUGACGACAACGUUAUCGUAGUUGAAAGCGAUGAAGAAGGCGGUGCUGAUGAAGGUGAAGGCGCCGACGAUGAUCAAGACGAUCCCGAUGAUACCGAAGGCUACGACAUGGAGGGCAUGGAACAAGACAAUUAUGAAGACGCCGAUUGUCCGGAUAUAGCAAACGAAGUGGAGAUAAACGAAGAUUCCAGUGAGGUGCCAAAUCAGAGCGAAAGAUCAGUGCGCGACGAGGAAGAGGAGAACUCCGAACAAGCUCAGUCGGAGGCCAUAAGUAGUGGCACAGACGGAGCGAGUAUUAGUAGCGGUGUAGCGAUAUCGCAAGUUUCGACGUCCGUUUCGAUGACUGUAGCGUCGUUUUCUCGUUCGAGAUCCGUCGCACCUUUGCCGUCUAGACAACAGUCUCAUCUAAUAUCGUACGGUCACGGUCUCGAUGAAAUUGGAGAUGAUGGUAUCGUUCCGUCGACACCGACGCUUUACGUUCCACGGAGAUCCGAUGGUUUUGGUGAGGCGGUGAGUUCGCCGCACGUGCCGACCAGUGGCCGAUUCACUUUUAACGAAUCAUCGACGGGUUCGAACGUCGCCGGUUCGAGCGGUAUCGAGAACGUUCCGGAGCAGACGCUCGUCGAACCGCCGGGGCAUUCGGACGAUAACAGUACGGGCAGGAGCGUGCCGACGACGCCGUUGCAGAGUUCCCCGCAGGAAGGGAUCCCCGGGGGCGAGGACCAAGGGGUCAAUCAGAUGACGCAGUCCGAUGCGGAGAUUCCUUCGAUCGUGAUCAGUAGGGAAGUGGACGAUAAUGAAACGGGCGCGGAAGGUAGUUCCGGCGAUAUGGGACCUCCCGGUGUAGCCGGAACGUCUUCGGAGAGUUCCAAGCAAAUGGAGCAAAACGAAGAAAUUCUUGAAGGAGACGAUGGCGUAAGUUCUGAAGGAGAAAAAGCGCACGUAGCUGAAGAAGGGGAGGAGGAAGGUCGUGAGGCCGAGGCAAGCCCUAGUACGAAUUCAAGACGAUUGGUAAGAGGUAUAAAUUCUGCUCGAAGAUCAAUUAGGUCAUUGCCUAGAGGCCAUUUGCAACGGAGCGCCCCGACGCCUAUAGUUUGGGACGACAGAUUACCGUCUCAAAGAAACCAAGACAGGGGUAGGGGAUUAUCCCCAGGAAAUUCUCAAGGACGAACCGUGGCUAGAAGGACGAGAGGUCGUAUACAAAGGCCAUAUGGGCGAUUUUGAUUUCAUUCCAAUUAUCAUUUUUUAUGAUGUUUUACGUUAGAACAUUAGUAGUUGCAGUUGUCUACAGUUCCGACUGAAAUUAUUUAUGUAAGAAUUAUCUUAAUUUUAAUGAUAAUAAAUUUGUUAUAUCAAUUAUUUUAUAUGCAUAAAAUUAUUUACAACUGCAAGUUUUGAUUUGAUAGGAAAUUGCCAUAUUAAUCCUAUGGAAUCUUCUAAAAUAUUAAAAGGUAAGAGUGUCCCCACAAAUUUACUUUUUCUGCUACUAGUCUAGUAGCAGAAAGGAGACGUUAAGUAUGCAAGCAAACUAAUUUACUAGACAAUUUAUUAAU